GUUGAGGAAACGUCGCGGCCGCUGGCAUGGCAUUUCUAAGGAGGACUCGAUCAGCUUUCUACUCCGCAGCGACAGAUUCCAUCAUUUGAGAAGCAGGAGGAGGCGCACCAGCCGCAAUGGCGUCCAUUCGCUGCUGCCGCCCCUUCCUCAACUUCUCUCCUGCAAUGAGCCACACCCAAGCGGGUGCCCAGGCGACAUUGCGUCCCGCUGCAUUCGCCGCAGCCUUUUCUAGAGGGGCCCCCUCGCAAAGCUUGCGAUCACAUUCUAGUUUUUCAAAUUCUCGAGCCACCUCCAUUACCGUCAGCCCACGUUGCCAGUCAUGUGCUACUCAAAGCUCGUUCCUCCCUAGCUCAGAUCUCCACUCCCUCUCCAGCCAACGGCACGGCGCCACCUGGCGGUUCCUCGGCCGCCGAUGUUUCAGCACAACUAGAGUGAGCAUGGGCCUAACAACGGGCAUUGUGGGGCUGCCAAACGUGGGAAAGAGCACACUGUUCAAUGCGCUCGUGGAGAAUGGAAAAGCGCAGGCGGCCAACUUUCCGUUCUGCACCAUCGAGCCGAAUGUGGGCAUCGUAGCGGUGCCGGACUCGAGGCUUCAGGUGCUCCAAGACCUGUCCAAGUCCCAAAAAGUCGUACCCGCAAUCGUCGAGUUUGUGGACAUUGCCGGGCUCGUGAAGGGCGCGAGCAAGGGCGAGGGGCUCGGAAACAAGUUCCUCUCACACAUCCGCUCAGUAGACUGCGUCGUCCAGGUGGUGCGCUGCUUCGAGGACGAUGACGUCAUCCACGUGAACGGGCGUGUGGACCCUGUGGAGGAUAUCUCCGUCAUCAACUUUGAGCUCGCGCUCGCAGAUCUGGGCCAGAUCGAGAAGCGGUAUGAGCGGUUGAAGAAGGGAGCCGGCCGCGCGCAGAAGAAGGAGGACAAGGCGAAAGACGACAUGGAGAUGGUAGCGCUCGAGCGGAUCCAAGCCGCGCUGGAAGACGGCAAGCCUGCGCGUGCGGUGGAGCUAUCGGAGGACGAGCAACCACUAGUCGAUCAACUCCAAUUACUGACGGCCAAACCCGUGGUUUACGCCGCAAACGUCGCUGAGGGGGAUCUGGCCAAUCCGGACACGAAUAAGCACGUGCAAGCGGUUCGAGAUCAUGCAAAGAAAGAGGGUGCGGAGGUGGUUGUGGUUUCGGCACAGGUUGAAGCAGAGUUGACCGAUCUGGACGCCACGGAACGGGCCGAGUACCUAGAGUCGCUCGGGGUUACUGAGGGCGGGUUAGGGUCGCUGGUUAGAGCGUCUUACGCGCUGCUCGGGUUGAGAACGUACUUUACGUCAGGGGAAAAGGAAACGCGGGCGUGGACGAUACACGCGGGCAUGACGGCCCCUCAGGCAGCGGGGGUGAUCCACAGUGACUUUGAAAAGGGGUUCAUUCGGGCGGAGACUGUUGCGUACGACGCGUUUUGCCAAGCAGGGACUUUGAAUGCGGCGAAAGACAAAGGGCUGGUGCGAUCAGAAGGGAAAGAGUAUGUCGUGCAAGAAGGGGACGUGAUGUUGUUUAGAUUCAACGUAUAACAGCAUUUGACCAUGGGCGCACCUCCCGUGCGCCGCUUCUUAUAUUUCAGUUGAGCGCUGUCCGAAGAUAUGCACGGAAACCAAUGUUUUUCACCAAUUUUGAAUGCUGACGAGAUUUACCAAGCCCGUUGAAUGGCUAUAUACGGAGACGUGAGAAAUGGUGCCCUGAGGGCCUGAGCAAAAGGAUUCCCCAAGAAAAGAAAGGGUUAAGAAUACGUUAGAGAUUUCAAAGACUGAGAGUUGCUUGGGAGUUUCUUAAGGAACGUCCAAUGUGAGAAACAAUCGUGGCAGAUUGCCACUUAAACGAGGAUGCAAGCUACAUAAGUGCUCGAGUCCG